AUGGCUCCCCUCCUCGAGUCCGUUUUUAACCACCUCGUCCUGCCGCCCAAGCUUCCAGGACGUCAAGAUGCCGACCGAGACGCUGUUGGGCAUAACAUCCUGACGCGUCUCAUUCAUGCCUGCAAAACAUUGGUCGCGCUUCCCGGCCAAGAGACACAAGAAGCCUGGCAAUCCGUUCAUCACCUGCUUCUCACAUGCCUCGAGCUCCACCGGGACGGUUUCGAUAGAGCGUCCUUACGAAAUGCUUUCUCCAGGUUGGAUGUUGGUUGCCCGGUGGCUCUGCACAUCGCGGAACAAAAUUGCGCCAUUCUCAUCCGACGCGUGCCGCAGGACCCUGGAUACGAUGACGUGAUCUUUGAAAGCUUCGAAACAUCGCCGUCUGCCGAAGAUGUUUUGGCUGCCGAGGGUGCCAUGCAGUGGGACUUCCCCGGGAGAGCUGCACAGAUACCGCUGUCCAAGUUCCUGGAUCCAUCCUUCAUGGAGAGUUUGACCACCUUCAUGAAGCAAGCCAGCACAGAGUCGCUUGACCGUUUUGCGGCCCAUAGUCUUAAGGCCAAGGUCGCGGUCAUGGAGGUUAGAGACACGACCGAUCCGGCUCUUAUCACCCAGAUGCUCUUACCAUUGCUCGAGGCGGUUGGUUACUCUCCCGAUGUUCCAAAAUUUCGAAAGCGGGUUCGGGACGACGUCAGUUUCCACAAGGCACUGCUUCCCUGGCGCCGUUUGCCAUUUUGGCUUGUGCUCCGCGUCGCCAUCCAGCGUCAUCUCUGCCUCAACUUUGGGGACAGUAACGGGCGUGCUUGCUACAAGUUUCUGAUAUGUACGCUGCUUUCUCAGCUACUGGCAGACAGUGCCGGUCAGCUGCAUCCGGAAUUGACCAUCUUGCUACGGUCCAAGCUCUGCCGCCGUCUUGCGAAGCUAGAAAUGGAAAAGUCCCAGGCAUCUCCAGAAUGCAGAAUCACGUACCAGCGGCUCUUCGAUUCCACAUCGUCUCUGUUUACGAACGCUAUCCAGGGUGCAACAACUCAAGUUGAAACGGCCUGGCGCCGCUACAAAACGACGAUCACACCGAGUAUCCCCAGACUUCCCCUCCAGGCCGAUGAGCGUAGUUUUCGUCUCUCUCUAAGGAACAGCGCCCAGUACCUCGAUAAUGUCCUUCAUUUAGCAGCUCCAAAGAAAGCAGGUGCAACUACACAACCGGCGGUGAAGGACCAAACCCCUGUCACGACGAUUGAAGACUGUAUCAACUUAGCACAGAGGAUCACCCUGCUCGUUUGCGCAACGGACGGUGCUUUCGCCCCCGAGUCCGGCCCUGGACAGGCUAGCAUCUCUAUCCUGAAUCUGUUCGACUUAUGGAUGAAAAUGGACAAAUGUGCUGUGGCCAACUGUCCCCUGCUUUAUGACUACCACCCAUGUUUCCAUCCCGAACUCCUUGACGUCCUACAACUCGCAACUCCCAAAGAGAUGCAACGCCUCAAGAUGAUACAGGAGUACCUUCUCGAAAGAUGUUCGCGUUGCAAGUUUGGCGCAAAAACCAUAUUGAGCGGACCUGGCAAAGACAGUUUUGCCGCGCGAUUUGUGGAAACGUCGACCCCUUUGAAGCUACUGCGAGACCGGAUCACGGUCGAAUCCCAGAGGGCGAGAGCCCUCGCCGAGUCCAACUGGAAAAAGGCUUAUGACCAGUACGACGUCCUCAGCGAAACGCUCUAUGCAAACGUUUGUUCCUGCACCAGAAAGGCAAACGGGCGCUAUGGCCGUCGGAACUGCGACCGAUGCCAAUGCCGGAAGACGAGGAACAAGUUGAGAGUGGCGGUACAUGAAGAUUUCUUACCUGCCGAAGCCCAUCUUAGCGCUGCGGUCUUGUUCGAACUUGAUCCGCCACGCUACCUCGCUGCCUAUCGGGAUGCCACUUGGAUCAUAAUUCGCAAACUCGCGCAUCCAAGUCGACCACUGACACCUUCACCAUCACCACAUAUGCAUCUGAAGGAAUACAAACCGCUGGAACCUUUUGCUCAGACUGAUGUACGAUUCCUCUCCAUUGCUUCGGCGAAGAAAUCCUUCCUUCAGUCGCACUACAAGCAGAUCAAAAUGAAGAUUGAGAAAAGCGCGGUUCUCCUCCCUAACGGUCUAGACUUUCGACUCUAUGACGCGAAGUCGCAGAUAUGGGUUGGCGAUGUCAACAAGCCGCUGACGUUCAGCCAUCUCUGCGGCAUUCACAUGCCUCCCGCUCUGAGAAGCUCCGUUUUCCCGCCACAGGAGCACCCACAUCACGACCCCGACGGCCCAUCUUCAUACGAGUCCAUCGCCAAUCAACCAAAAUGCCCCGUGGGAAUGUCGGUGCACGAAUUUGCGGCGUAUCAGGGGCUAAUUUCAGGGCGGUCACGCCGCUGGCUAUCCAUGCUCGCCGAGUUAGGCUCCCCCAACCUCAACUUCAGCAGUGAGGAUGCCAUGCAUGUUGUCAGCCAGCUCGCCAUCCAGGCCGGCCCCACCCGGCAGCAUAACGGGGUUCUGAGGGAUGUUCAUGUGGUGUUCCAGGACAGUUCGUUCUGCGUCCGCUUGGCGGAGCAGAUUCGAAGACGACUUCGUAUGAUUUACUCGAACUGGCGGGAGACAUGCUGCAUGGAGAUGCUCAUCACCCUCAGUCUCCGCCUUUUUCACUUGGCCACCGACCAGGGUAAUCGUGACGCUGCACACGAGCUCAUCAAGAUGGCCCGCGAGGCCACUUUGGGGUGGAUCACCCAGAUCCGCGAGGCUUUGUGGAAGAGCGCCGACACAAGCGCGGCGGAACAGAUUGCACGAUUUGGUGUCUGGGCUUCUCUUCUCUGCCGGAGGACUUUCACCACCUUUGAAGACCCGAACCCGGACGGUAACAUGUCCGCCGAGGACCUGGAAGGAUUCACCCAGGCUUCGGUGGCUUUGCAACAGAAUCUGGUGGUGGACCUGGGAAGGCUCUCUCCCACACUGAAGACCAUGAUGGCUCGCGACAUGAAGAUGGCAUACAGAAUCCGGGACGUUUUGAGAGUAGCCAUACAAAAUCAUCCCCUUGGUUUGAACCGGGCCAUCGGUAAAACCUGGUCAGACACAAGCGAUCAAGAGUCUGCCACCGACUCCAAGUUUGGCCAGUGGACGUUUGUCGUGUCCAAGUCUCAGAGCAACCAAUGGAUAACAUGCCUGACCAAGUCAACAAGCACCUUGACUUUGGCUCAGAGAAUCCAUUACAAUUACAUUGAUGGACGGCUCCUUGUGGAUGGCAGCCACAUUGGAAAACUGCCCCUUUCGAUCAGGGACUCCCCAGAAUCCAUGUCCUUGCAAGGCCUCAGGAGAGAACAGAGCAUCCACUUUGGGCUCCGCGGGAAUCGCGUGGUUAUCCAGGCGGUUGUUGGCCGGGAGGUCUGGGAAUACGUCCCCCGUCACAUAUUCUUCGGUCCCUCCAGCUGGGAUUUGCCUUUCAGCCUCAUCGACAACUGCGUGCACUGGCUGAAUCUGGGUUCGGGCCGCCUGGAGAUCCGGAGAAAGCCUGUCAUCUGGCGCACCAGGAUGUCAGACUGGGUUCUUGACGUCAGAAAGCGCCAGGGGCGGCGGUCCAACGUUCUAUUACUCGAUCCGCACUCAGACCUGAGUCGGAAAGUUGCGGCUAUAUUGGGAAACUUUGAAGAGACACACAAAUUGACCACUUUCCAACCGCUACACCCCAGGGGCAGGCUCUCGGUCGAGCUCCGGAAUAUGGCCCUCAGCUUUUUCGUCAAUGACGACGGGAUCCUACAAUGCCGAGAACUACAAGCAGAGAUUGACCCGAGCCAGGACUCGGGGACGCUUUACGGCUUCCGGAGCGGGCUCGUACUACGCGGCGUCCCAUGUCGUGAUGAGAGGAGCAUCAUCGCGCCCCUCGGAGCUGUCAGUUGGAAGCGUGACGGGAUACAUGUCAGUGUCUGUGCGAGCAGUGCCGACCACUAUGGCAAAUUCGGCAUCGACGAGGUCCUCGGACAACUGACUUGCCCCCCCGAACCCCGACUGUUGUACACCAAGGCGCUUCUCCAUGCCCUCACUUCGUUCCCCUUGCCCGACGACUUAACCCGGCGGACCGGUACUGAGGAAGCUCUUCGAACGCUUAAAUCGGGUCGUUGCCAACCGUGGCAACCGAUCGGCGGUGGCGCCAUCGCCAGCCUCCUGGCAAUUCAGAGGCUGGUCCCUGGUCGACACUACUACCCACCGGACAAGCAGUGUCUGCAAAUCGUGACAUGGGAUCCCGCACUGACCAUGACUAUACAACAUGACAGUUAUGAUUCAGUGGUUAGCAGUAUUCUAAAGAGGUCGGAGCAGCUCCGUGCUUUUGCGGAAAACAACAAUGAGGUGCUCAACCCUCCGGCAGACCCGUCUUCCUGGCUCAGACUCCGUGCCGAAACCUAUCGCCUCUCAUACGAACGUAACAUUUCAGAGGGCAUAAUCUCAACCCGGAAAGACACCAUAUAUCAAGCUCGAGACCGAUAUGCAACGUUGCCAGCUGCGACUGAUGUCUACCAACUGACCCGGCUUCUCCACCAUCAAACACGCAACAUCCACAUGGCGAGGCCCUUGAAAACUAGCCUGCAAGAAUGGAGGCAGUUUGGUGGCUUCCACCACACUCGGGGGAGCAACACCGUUCCCCCGCUCGCCGACCUCGUCAGUGGUAAAAUUGCGGAAAACUGGGGCACCCUCGUCGACGAGUUCCGCAACGCUGACCGCAAGAACCCAUACGGGGCGAUAUUCAAGCUUGCCCUUCUGUGCUUUGCCCCGGACAAAAAGAGAGACGUUCUGCAUUUCCUAGCUGCUUGUUACGGUCUGGACGAACUAGCAGCUCUUGAGCCCCCCAGGUAUCCUUGGUUUACCGACUUCUGGGUCGGUGAAGCACCGGCAUUGGCUUCCCUUGAGGCCACAAUAUCGAAUGCUUAUAGAGAGUCCGACUUCCCCGCCGCUUUCGGUCAUGCUGGUGGAGAGUACGUUUCUACCAUUGAAGAAUUUCAAGCUGACCGCCUGCGCCGGUGUAAAGAAGAGGCUGUUCGUCUGGCCGCCUUCAUCCUUCAACAAUGGCCUUGCCCCAAACCACCCGUCGAGGGGUUCGAAACCGAGGAGCUCAACAUCCAAGAAGCUGUCGACUUGGUCCUGCCUGAGUGGCGGCGACUUUACCAAAACUUGAUGCUCUCGGAAUACCUCGACAAGGUCCAGGACAUCUUGAAUAAGUAUCAAUGCAAACGGGGCAAAUCUGCCCCGGCGCCGUGUCACCCGGUUGUACCUUUUUUUGUUCUACGGAGCGGCGGAUCUCCAGUGCCUUCGCUCGCUCGAGACCCUUUCAUCACGAUACCCCUCCCUUUGCGCCCCUCACUUGCUUGCCGUGGCGAUGGUUCAUCCCAGGGGCAGAGGCCCCAAGCAACAGCUCAAGACUCUCAACAUAACCGGGACAACAAGAUUGGCUGCUUUCGACGCCAUGAUGACAAUGGGGUUGGCAUGGCUCAUUACAGGGCUGGGGAACUCGAAGUGUUACGCAUCGUUUUGUCUCCCUUCGUUCGUUCCCAGGAUAACACACGGAAGGAGUACGGUAACAGUCUCAUGGACAGUCUCGCGGCGCUCGAAGCGACUGCCAAUCGUGAAGACGCAAAGAGCGAAGUUCCAGACAUACAAGUUAUUCAGGCUCAGAUCCUGGAUGCACGCUCCAACGUGAACGAUCAGCUCAACGCGGCGAUUACGGUCUUUUCCAGCGGAGACUCACGUUUCCGAUGGCUGGAGUUGGCCAAUUUAUGGGUCUGGAAUAGUCCGAUCGCGAUCCUUGAACUUUUACGAUCCAGUAACAAGGGUGGCUUGAGUCAGGCUGCAAGAGAGUUGCUGGUGUCGUACGGGCUAAGCGUAACGCGGUUCCAGCGGCUCCAGCGGAUCAACUCGGCCUUGUUGCGAGGAGACAUCUCCAAGGCGAAGAAGGAAUGGAAGAAUAUCGGCCACACGGAGUGGAAUCCCUUGGAAUUUCCAGACUGGUUUCUUCUCGAGAUCGAAGGCAACAUUCUCAUCCGGCCGGAGCAAGUGGAAGUGGCGCGCGCUAUCAUCGCCCCAGCUUCCAAAUCCAGCUCGGUACUUCAGAUGAACAUGGGGAGCGGUAAGACCUCCUGCAUCGUCCCCAUGGCCAUGUCAGUCUUAGCAGACGGGAAUCAGCUGGCGCGCCUGGUUGUGCCGAAGGCCUUGCUCUCCCAGACGGCGCAGAUUAUGCAAACCCGGCUUGGUGGGCUGGUUGGCCGCGAUAUCACGCAUUUGCCUUUCUCCCGCCGGACCCCGACGGGCGAAGAAGCACCUACGAUGAUUCCGUUGUACUCGGAACUCCACGAGCAGGCUAGACAGCGUCGUGGCAUCAUGAUAACCACCCCGGAGCAUAUCCUAUCUUACAAGCUCGGCGGUUUGCAGCGGCUGGCCGACAUGCGUCUCGAUGAGGCUCGGGACAUGAUAGGUUAUCAGUCCCGGCUAUCCGAGACCUGCCGGGAUGUCCUCGAUGAGUCCGACUUUACCCUGGCCGUCAGAACACAGCUAGUCUAUCCGAGCGGACCACAGCUGCCAUUGGAUGGACACCCCUAUCGAUGGGUAACUAUACAAGCCAUCUUGUCGCUCGUUGAGGACCACCUCCCAGGGAUCCAGAACGACUUCCCACGAGGCCUCGAGCUUUCCGAAAGGCUGGGCGGCUUUCCUGUGGCACACUUUCUACAGAAUGAGGCCGAGGAUGAGUUGAACAGCCGCGUUGCAAAAGACAUCAGCAGCGGGAGGACCGCUGUGCUUGCCCUCGCAAACCCGGAGCGACCAUUCCCCUGUUCCCUGGUCGAGCAGAUCCUGACCCGCGACAAAGGAAUCGACUCGAAGUUGGUAGAGGAAUUUGCAAGUCACUUCCCCAACCAAAAAAUAGCGUCUGACAACAUCCUCUUAGUGCGCGGGCUUUUGGAGAACCGCAUCCUCUUGCUCUGCCUGAAGAAGCGAUGGAAUGUGCAGUACGGCUUCCACCCAGGGAGAUCCCCCGUCGCUGUUCCAUUCGAGGCCAAGGGAGUGCCGUCAGAACAGUCGGAAUUCGGUCAUCCCGACGUAGCCCUCCUACUGACCUGCCUGUCUUUCUACUAUUCGGGACUCAACCCUACCCAGUUCCGUGAGGGACUGCAACAUGUCCUGGGCUCUGGCGACCCAGCAGCCGAGUAUGACAGGUGGACUCAGGGCUUCAGUUCCUUGCCAGAGCAUCUGAGUCACUGGAAUGCCAUCAACCUUGAUCACCAGCAACAAUUCGAUGAGCUCUGGAGCAGGCUCCGCUUCAACAGGAACGUGUUGGACCACUACAUGAACACCUUUGUCUUCCCAGCCCACGCGCGGCAAUUUGAGGUCAAGAUCCAGGCGUCGGGGUGGGAUCUCCCUCUGUUACCCAUGUCCUCGGACCCCACUGUGCCUUCUCGUGCGAUCUCGACAGGAUUCAGUGGGACAAACGACAACAGAAUGCUGCUUCCGUUAACAAUCAAGCAGGACGACCUACCCAGUCUACACCAAACGAACGCCGAAGUGCUCACUUACCUCCUUCAGCCUCGGAAUCGAGAGUACUACCGCGCGCCGUGGCGCAUGAACAAGGAGGAGGGGCUGCUGGAAGAACUCUCCCGCAAAGGGAUCCGAGUGUUGAUCGACGCCGGCGCCUACGUGCUUGAGCAAGAUAACGAAACCCUCGUCAAAACAUGGCUGGCCAAGGACACCCGGGCACAAGCGGCCGUCUACUUUGGCGCUGAUAGCCGCGCUUGGGUGCAGUAUCGGAGUAACAAGAAGGCCCCUCUGGUUGCCACACCGUUCGCCGAAAGCCUGGAUAAUUGCUUGGUUUAUCUCGACGAAGCUCACACGAGGGGUGUAGACCUGAAACUGCCCCAAUAUGCUCGCGGAGCCCUUACCUUGGCUCUCGGCCAGACCAAGGACCAUACUGUUCAAGCGGCCAUGCGGCUCCGGGAACUUGGGAGCACGCAGCCGUCGUCUUUUUCGCCUCUCUCGAAGUGCAUCAGAGCAUCCUCGAUGUCUGCGGAGUGCAGAGUCACCGACCCAUCGACUCAUCCCAUGUCAUUUCUUGGGCUAUUAGAACAGACUUGUCGCGUCAACGACCAACUGCGGGAUCUCUAUCUCGCGCAGGGUUACGACUUUUGCCGCCGUGUCAAUUCCCAGCUUCUUCAUGCCGACUUUCUCACAGACGCAACCCAGCGCAGCGCGUUGCUAGAUUCCAUCCGCCGACCCGAGCGGCAGACUCUUCCAGAGAUGUAUGGCACCAAGACAGGCCGCGCUUCACAACCGACGGCAGAGCCACUCUCCUCCGGCAAGCUGAGCGAAUUCAUGAGAGAGCUGGAUUGGCAGCAGGGCAUGGGUGACGGAGGGGUGGGGCCGGGGGGCCAAGAUGCGGCUUUCGAGGAGGUCGAGCAGGAACGCCAGGUUGAGAGGUUCCAAGCCGAACAUGUGCAACAAAGGCAGAACCGACCUAGCUAUAAAGCUCUCUCGUUCCCCGGUCUUCACAAACGGAUCCGCCAGUUUGUUGAAACAGGUGAACUCAAGGGUAAAAAAGGCCGCAAACACGCAUUUGCGGCAAUGGCGAACACGAGCACUGGCCAAGAAGCAUGGUGUCAAGCCAACAGGCUCGCGACUCUUCGUCUCAACCGAGUAUAUGCGGACUAUUGA